CAGAUCCAUCAGAUUGGCUAAUUUGGCUAUGGUCGAUUGACUUCGUUUUUGUUCGGUUGACGUUUUAUUUAUUAAUUUCCUGAAAUUUUCGGGUUUUCUUCAUAUUCUCAGCUGAUCUGUUCUAACGAAUUAGAUUUUCAUCUAUUUCGCACUGAUUGCAUGUCCUUACAUAUUUGCUUUCACUUAUGUUUAUCGACCCAGUGCACGGCUUCCGCAGGGAAGCCCUUCUAUGAAUAGUGCGAAUUAAAUUCGGGAGUGUGAUUCUAGCGCAAAUUUGCUAAUAUGCAAUGGAAAUUCAAGGGUUGGAAAGGGAGAUGGCUGUGGGUGUUCCUAGCCAUCGUUUUAUGUGCCGUGGUGGUUGCACAAAAGAUUGGCGAUCCUUAUAAGAUACUUGGUGUUCAUCGCAAAGCUUCCUUGCCAGAAAUAAGGAAGGCUUACAGGCAGCUAGCUAAAGAAUGGCACCCUGAUAAGAGUGAGGACCCGAAUGCCGAGACCCGCUUUGUGGAAAUCAAGCAAGCGUAUGAAUUGUUGUCGGACACAGAGCGAAGGCAAGCUUAUGAUUUGUAUGGCAUCACAAAUGAAGAUGAUCAUAUGUACAAACAGCGGCACGAUUACAGCCAAUAUGCUAGAUUUAGCAGUGACCCGUUUGAAGAUUUCUUCGGAACUCAUUUCCGCACUCAAGACCAGGACAUCACUCUGUUCCAUAAGCUAUCUGUCACUGCACGCCAUUUCGAAAAUAACAUAAUCGAGAAGAGCGUUCACACGCCAGCCGUAGUCCUCUUCUACACGGACUGGUGUUUCGACUGCGUUCGUUCGGCGUCCGCGUGGCGCCGCCUCGUGGACGCCCUACAGCCGCUGGGGGUGACCAUGGCCACCGUGCACGCGGGACACGAGUCCGGUCUGGCGAGGCGCGUCGGCGUGCACGGCGUGCCGUGUCUGACACUCGUCUUGGAUAAACAUGUCUACGUUUAUAAAGAGGGGCUGUCGUCUUUGCCGAAAAUAUUGGAAUUUAUCCGCUGGAAGUUCCCAUACAAGAUGGUGCGUCCCAUCAACAAUGGUAACAUGGAGUCGUUCGUCUCGGACUUCGAGGACAACAAGGUGAAGGCGCUGAUCUUCGAGGAGCGCCCGAGCAUACGGCUCAGAUACCUGAUCACUGCGUUCCAUUACAGGAGCCGAGUCGCUUUUGGCUUCGUGGACAUGACAUCGCGCGACACCCAAUCAGUGUCCGCCCGCUUCGGCGUGCAGCGCCACACGGACACCAUGGUGCUGCUGAAGGAGGACAGCGCGGAGCCCUGCGCCACCGUCAGCACCGGCGAGAUCCCCACGCAGACGCUGCGGCAACUCAUCUCCGCGAAUCAGAUGCUGACGCUACCCAGACUCUCGGAACAGAGCGUAUUCGACGCAGUAUGUCCGGUGGAGUGGCGCGCGAGCCGCCGGCGGCUGUGCUGCGUGCUGCUGUGCGGCACCGGCGUCGCCGCCGACAACGCCAGGGAGGAGAUGAGGAGGCUGGCCAAAUCUGCGCCAGAGAGACUGCAUUAUGCGUAUGUGUAUACCCACAAACAACCGUACUUUGUGCAGGCCCUGGCUAAUGGCUCUGGUAGCGACUCCACAAAAAUGAACCACCGCAUCGUCAUAAUCUGGCGGCGCGAAUCAACGCGGAUACAAUACGAGUGGCUCAAUGAAACUUGGCCGUCGUGCGCGCACCAACACUGCUCUGACUUGGCCGCUUCUCAACCGGACUUGCUGGCUUACCAACAGAAGUUGAACGAGACCAAACGGUCAUUGGAACAGCUGAUUAAGAGGCUGCUAAAGCCUAAUGAGGUUAUGGCGUACGAAACUAGCGUACAGGAGCUCCUGGACGAAGCGGCGCGCGGGCCGCUGUGGAGCGCCGCGCUGAAGCUGUGCGAGUGGUGGGAGCGGGCGCUCCUCGCGCUCCGGACACAUCAUGCUGUCUCGCUCGCGUCCGUGCUUGCCACCGUAGCCUUGGUGCUGUGCGCUGGAUAUCUUGUACAGUACUUGGUGCGCGUGGAAGAAGAAUCGAUCCAGCGUCAAAAGGAAGAGCGUCGCAAACAGAACGGCAACAAGAAGAACAACAACGAGCCGCAGCCGGAGAUGAAGUUGCACGAGCUCCGAGCCGAGAAAUACAACGGACUGGUCAGGCUAUUGAAACCGGGCUGCCGAACUAUCGUGCUGUUAGUGGACAUGCAAAGCCGGGUGCAGCUGUUGUCUAAAUUCCAUAAGAUCGUGUGGCCGUACCGAAAGAACAAGACCCUACUAUUCGCUUACCUGAUGGUGGAGCGCAACAUCGAGUGGUUCCGGCGCGUGCUGCAGCUGUCGCUGGGCGGCGCGGAGCUGCGCGUCAACGCGCGCAACUGCGUCGGCACGGUGUUGGCGCUCAACCCGCACCGGAAGUACUUCUGCAUCUACCACGCUAAACAUCCCGAGUGCGCUAAACCACACAAGCGCAUGUCGCGCAUGACGCGGUCGCUGGGCGGCGGCGCGGAGGACCCGGAGGCGGGCGCCUUCAUCGGCUUCCACGCCGACCUCUCCUCCUCCUCCGGCGACGACGUGGCCGAGCCCGUGCUGCUGCUGGAGAAUCUAUUAGAUGGUCUAGAAAACUGGUUGGACCGGCUAUUCGAGGGCAGCACGCAUCGCUACUACAUCAACUAUUGGCCGGACAUGACGACCAAGUGAGUGUAGAUCUGCGCCAUUCUGGUUCCGUGGCCUUAUGGCAAAGACAAGUUUGUAGGGUAUAGACAUCAUACUGUUGUGCACGAACGCGUUAUAAUUUGUAUGGAUUUCCGACAUUUUUGACGAUAUUAUUGCCGCUAUCACCACCACCAAGGUCCGGUUCUCAGUGCGGACAAAUAUUUUUACAUGUUUACAUUGAUAUUUGACUGGGGCUCUGCGUAUGUUUGUGUUUAUCUGAAUCACGAUACAAGCUUAGUGGUCUAAUGUGGGCUGUUGAGUGUUGUUUCUUAUGAUCAUUAAUAUCAGUUUUUAGAGCAAUAUGCCGCGAUAAAUGUUAUCGUAAAAAUGCCAAAGAGUAAUGAAUGUAGUAAUUCUUACAAAAUUAUUUCGUGAAAACCGCUUUCAUCGUCACGAAACACAUUUUGUAUCUAUUCGAAUCUAUUAUUUCGAAUGGUCAGAACUUUUUCAGAUUUGUAGUCAGUUGUUGAAAUUUCUACAUAAAACACGAUUCAGCGUGUUGGCAUCGUGACUUUGCAGUUUAAGGUGCAUUUCGAAGGCUGCGGCCGCGCUGUCAUUACAAUUUUUCAAAUUUUAACAAAGAAUUCGUUUUACUAUCUUACUUUAAAAUCAAUAAUCUGUACUGUGGUAAUGUUAAUUUUAUGAAUGAUUGAUAUUGGAAAUGAUUCCUUGCUCAAGAAAAUUGACGGAUCGUAAUGAAGCGGUGGUGGUGUAAUGGUUAAGACGCCCGCCUGUGGAUCGGAAGGUCCCAGGUUCGAAUCCUACUCGUGCCACAUGAAUUUGUAUACAAUAGCAGUUGUCAUCGUUCACCACUUGCUUCCGGUGAAGGAAAACAUCGUGAGGAAACCUGCACACUGGUUGAUUAUUAUUAACUUGUGUGUGAAAUGGAGAAGGCAAUGGCAAACCACUCCAUUAAUAAUGCCAAGAAAGUUGUUGUGUGUGUUUCAUUCCACGUAAUGACCACGACCCUCAGCCAUGAGGAAUACGACUAUGAAGGAAGGAAUGACAGCGCGGACGCAGCGGUCGAAACGCUCUGAGAACCAAUAAAUAAUUGUCAAAUACUCAGGCAUACAUAUUUUGUUGAUAUAGUUUUAUUUAUGAUGUGAGAUGUGAGUUUUAUCCUUAAAUAAUAAUAUUACGUCUACCUAAUGUACCCAUUGUUUUUGGGAUAGUUAUAAUAAUGAUACUGCCCGAUCGUAUAUGAUAUCGACCAUAUUGUGUAUAGCUUUAGAUUUGUUUGUCAUAUAAAUGAUUCCAUUUUGGGAUACUAGUUAGCAAGGGAUUUUCAAUAUUAUUCUAAGUAUUAGGCAAUUUUAUUAGAAUUUAUUUCAAGCAUUAAUAUUGCAGUUAUAUUAAAGCGGUUUUUGGCAUAGUAUUAAAUCUAGUUUAACAGGGAUACCGUGCGUGCAUCUUUAUGCCGCUGUAAUAGGGGUGAAUUUACAAUGAAUUUGGGUAUGUUGAUGUGCUGUUGAACGUACCUACGUUUUGGUAAAAUGUCAGUAUUUUGUAAAAAAAAAAAAUUGACUGCCUGAGUAAAGAAAGGCAGUUUUGUAAUAUUACUAAAAAUGCUUAGGUUCUUUGUAGUUUUUGUUGGGUGGUGUAGAGCUAAAUCUGACGCGUUAAUUUGGGUAAUCAAUUUUAUUUUAGUUAAAACAAACUUUUGUCCAUCUAUCGAAAAUUUACCUCUAAAGAGACAAAACUGGUUUAACUAAAAUAUAUUUGGAGCGCUCGCUAACUUUGUAUGAAUAAGACGAUAAUAAUUUGCAGAUUAAAUAAAAUAUGUAGGUACACGUCACAAUGCGGUAAAUAAAAAUAUAAAUAAUUUUUAAAUUAUUUAAAACGAUUCAUUAUAAUGUUAAGAGUUGCAUAUCUAAAUUAACGCCCGUUCUAAUAUAAGUGACAUGUAUUGACAUUUUUAUAACGUCAAAAUCGGUGCACACAGAAAUCGUUUGCGUGCGUUUUUUUUUUUAUUUUGCAUAGACUUUUCAAGUCAAGUGAGCCACAAUUUCAUACAAAAAAGCGCUUCGGUGUGCACCGGCAUUUAAUUAUAAAUUAGACCGUGGCCCCAUUGCUCCGUUGCGUUGCCGCUCCGUUAUUUCACAUAGGUUCGACAUGGCAUGUCAACACACUAUUCAAAACUGCAUUGAUCCGUUGACGAAGCGCAGCGCGACGUAGUGCAACGGAACAAUGGGUCCGCGCUAUUAGCUGAUUAUCACGGAGACACAAUAAUAUAAAUAAUCUAUUAGGGGCAGUAUUAUGCCGAGCACUUUAUAGAUAGUAAUAUAGAACGGUUGUUUACUUUGAAAAUAAAUCAAGUCACUAUAAUAAUAUAUACAGUACUCCCACCUGAGUAUCUUCCCGGUUCCUUCCUUAGCCAUUGAGCGUCGGAGCCCGGGAUUUGCUGAUGAGUACAGUUAUAUUUCCUUAUAUAGCUAACAAUAGCCUAAAAAGUUGCUAUGCUAUUUAUUAUAGAAACAAUAGACAUUUAUAAACAAAUUAUAUACACUAUAUACAUUGAGAAAAAACAAUUUCUCAAAGUAAACAAGCGUCAUUUUUUACACACUAAAAUUAAUAGAAAUUUCUAAAAUGUAUUAUACACGAUUAUUACAAAACGUUGUAUAUAAUCAGUAUGUGCCUACGUCUAUAUUUCACCUGAUUGUUGAUUGGUGGAAUUUAAAAGUCCACUAUUGCACAAUAGCUUUCCCACAGACUAAAUGCGUGUUAGAAGCGACUUUAAUGUUCCGAGGUCAAAUAUAAGCUACGAAUUAAAAUAAAUUAUUUGUUCAAAAUAAAGAUUUUAAUUUAAGUUUUUUUCUAUUCACGUACUUCUCAGAUCAAAUGUUAAGUUGUAGGUACAAAACAAGUUUUAUACCUAUCACCUUGCUGUCACUAAAAUAUUAAUCACUUCACAUCUUUGUAAUUAUAAAGAACAGAGUUGUUGAGUGUAAUAGAUGCUCUGCCCUUACCUAUACGUUUCACUUCAAUCCCAAAUUUUAAAAAUGUACCAACAUUUUAAUAAUACCGGUUUUGAAAAUCUAGAAAAUAAUAUUUUUAAGUUAUAGUCAUUUUGUAAAGCUGUUAGAGUGAUUAUUUUUAAGUCUGUCAUUUUUUUUCUCUCCAAAUCAGCAACGUGCCAUGAAAAGAAGCAUUCUAGGGAAAUAUUAUGAAGUUUAGAUUUUUUACUAAAGUCUUCCCAUCAUUACAUUACAUUUGAAUAAAAAUAUCAGAACUUUCUAUAUGGUCAUUUGAUUUCAUUUGGAGCACAGAUGAAAAAGAUUUUCAAACGAAAAUGUUAUUUGAAAAACACAUAUUUUUUUUCAAAAAUCACAAAUGUAAGCCAUUUUUAAAUUCGUUACGUAUUUUAUUGUGGAGUUUGUGUCUUUAUAAAUUUUAUUGUAAUAUAUAAUUGUUAAAGAAUAAAUAAUAUAUGUGUGUUUGUUCCUAUUUCUGUUAUAUGGGGUUAAGUAGGGUAUUAUUGUGCUAGUCAUUUUUUUUACCAAAUAAAUUAUGUUUAUAUUUUAUCGAGUUUCCAGUAGUAUGUUUAAAUGGCGCCAUUGGUUAUGGCCAUCUACAAAUUUUAAACCAUGACAUUUUGUAUGGUAGAUUUAUCAUGUAUAUUAAAAUUUCAUCGAAAAAUGCAUGUGUUAAAGACGUAGAGAAAACUGUAGACAUCGUCAUAUUUUUCGUUUUACUCACACAAGAAAGAGAAACGAUUGUUAGAAAUACACGAGGAGAAACUAAAAAUAAUAUUUUUAUCCCUCUUUUCGUUGUCUUUAGUUUUCCGUGUUUGGAGAACAUCUCGUUUAUACGUGUCCGCGUGAGUCUGAUUUGCAAUCUGUCGUUGCCAAAGACAGGGAUGCAGGUAUGCAAAAGAAAGAAGUAGUACAGAUUAGCUUUUUUUAUCAUAUACAUGCAUCCCUUUCUCACAUCCUGGUUUAGUUCGUCACUUUGUGACAAAUAGUAUAGUAUGUUAACACAUGAGUUGUUUUUAUUGUUAAAUUUAAUUCCAAGUGUAAAAUAAAUGCAUUUCUGUACAAAAUUUAUCAAAAUACAAAUUUUGUAUAAAAUGUAAUGAAAUACUGUGCUAAUUGGGAAGUUAUCAGUAGACCUUAUCAGUAAGGCAAAGAAUUAGUGCCAUUUUCCAAAGUUGCAACGUUCAGGUAGGCUAAGAAGCCAUGUGAUAAUGUAAAUUGAGCUUUGACGUCUAUGAUUGAAAGCCCAAUAUUGUAUAGCUUGUCAUGUACAAUAUUUCUUAUAAUUACAAUGAAGGCCCCUUUAUUUCUGUCUGUAAUUUUAUGUCUAAAUGCAAAUUUGUUUUUUCAAAACUAUUCUAAAUUCUCUUAUGGUUUGGUAUCACCAUGUUGGGUGUGUUUGGGUUUUUAAGCUUUUAACUAUUAUGAACUAAACACUGUAUUUAUUUUUAUUGUUAUAAGAUUUAAAUCUAUCCUUUAUCUUAAUUCCAGUAUAAAUUUGUACAAUAAAUCAUUAAAAUAUU